CCCCCCCCUCUCUUCUCUUUUAUCGAUUAACCAGGAAGCUGCCGUUUCUGUUUACAUGCCGCACGAGCUUCCCGGCUAGCAGCUCGACCCGAACAAAAUGAACGCAGCGCAGAAGGGAGCCGGGUUUGAUGCCGUCUCGGUGCACAAUUUCUCGGAGAAGAUUUUGGAGCAGGUCGUACACUUCCACGUGAUGAAGCUCAGCGGCGGGUUUUUCCUCUGGGUCGGUUCUGCUCCGGUCCUGUCCAACCUGGCGGUCUCAAUGAGCAGCAAAUACGAUUCAAUGCCAUUAUCCACAUUAGUCAUGGGGGACCCAUCCAAUACGGCUCCAAAUUCUUUGUCACAGAGAUUAGCAAAGAAGACCCAAAAGCAAGUAUAUGUGAGUUACAGUCUUCCAAUGACGGACUCCAACCUCAGUCUCUUGGUGGAGAACAGGAUCAAAAAGGAGCUGGAGCUUCACCCUGAACACUUUUGAACAUGUUUGAUCUUUAGUUGAGCAUCUUUUGUGUGGAACUGAGGACAUUUAGGCUGGGAAAAAAAGACAUGGCUGGUCCUCCCAUUUGGACUUAAAUGCUCCUUCAGAUACUUUGAUCGUACUCCAACACAAUAACCACAAACGGUCACAUCAAGUGUUCUUUUAUUGACAUAAUAAAUUAAGUGGUUUAUUAUCAAAA